ACUUGGGUCCGAUGUACUGUCAACGAAGGCAAAAAACUGUAAACAAACGCGUGAUCGGCCUGCACGUGUUUUCUGCUUGCCACAAACGGUUAGCGUUCUAUCGGAUAUCACACCUCGAGAGUUGCACGGCUAUUGUUGGGAAAGCAAAAUGGAGGAGACAAAACGGACGGACGAGUCUACAAAUGGCGAACCGGCGGGGGCGAGCAUAGAUACGCCACAAGAAGCUAGUAACUCCUACUGCGACAGCACCACCAUUGUUGCACCAGCGGCAGAACACGAUGGCGGGAAAACUGAACCGAACGAGGACACACUGAUGGAGGAGAAACCUGUUGAACCAUCAAUUGAAUCGAAUAUUAUAGUGAGCGAUCCGGCACGAGACAGUACUGAUGAACCAAAAGCGGGUGAACCGAAGGAAGCUAAAAGCGAAGGAGUCGUUGCCGUCGAAUCGCAUUUGGAUGAGCCUGUAGAAACGCCUGUCGGAAGUGCGGCAGUAGGCGCAGAACUCCCAGCAGAACCUAGAACGGUUGAAAUAAGCGUUGAAAAAGAGGCUAAGGAAACUGUGGAUGAGACCAAAUCCACCGAAGAGCCUGAGAAAGAUUCAGCACCCAGUAAAGAGCCACCUGCCACAAUGGAAUUUGUCGCUCCUGCACCCGUUGGUCAGGCGAUGGAUGUAGAGGACCAAACGGCAGCAUCCGUGCCGGUCGCAGUUGUCUCCAUUCAGGAACAGAUCGCAGAAGAGCAAAAGCUCGAGACGGAAGCGGUGGAAAAGAUCGCCAACAGCUCACUGUCAAUGCUGUGCCAGUACUCGGGCAGUUCCGAUUCGGAGGCGGAAGACACGGACGCAUCCAACGUGGUUGGCGUUGGUUCGAAAGCCAGCUCCUCGUCGUCAUCCUCGUCGGACGAUAGCGAUGUGGAAAUAACGAAGGAAACUCCCGCAAUGUCUGCCGGGGGCUAUCGCAUGCAGGAUGAUCCAAUAUUGGUUAGUGAUGCGGAAACGAUGGAUACCAACGCUGCCUCAUCGGAGGACGAAGAGGACGAACCGAUCAAGGGUCCGAUACGUACUGCGGGUGAGAUACUGCCCCACGAGCUGCCACCGAUCGAGGAGCUGACCAUCACCGUCCCGGAGACGGAGUGUAAACCGAUCGGGCACAUCGAAUCGAUCGUGGCACAGAUCGUGCUGGUACAGUCGGUGGCCGGGGCCGAGCUGCUCAACCUCGACACCGUCCUGUUUCUCGACCGGGGUCAGCGAGCGCUCGGCAAAAUAUUCGACGUCAUUGGCCAGGUAAAUCAGCCCAUCUAUUGCGUACUGUUUAACUCGAACCAGGAAAUAUUGACCAAAAACAUAACCACCGGCAUGGAGGUGUUUUGCGCACCGCGCACGGAGUACACGUCGUUUAUCAUACUGUCCGAGCUGAUGCGCACCAAGGGGUCCGAUGCGAGCUGGAUGAACGAUAACGAAAUCCCAUCGUACAUGGCGGAACAUUCGGACGAUGAGGCGGAACGGGCGGCGAAACGGAAUCGCAAAAAGAAUGCAGCCAAUCGGCAGCAGGCGGGUGGGGCACAAAACGAUGACGAUGCCGGUAGCGAGAUGGGCGAUGAGCAGCAGCAGCAGCAACACUAUCGAAAUCCUAGACAGCCCAGUCCGUCCACCUCAAGACCACAGUACCAGCGGGGUAACGGGGGAAGACAGUUUAAUCCGCGCUACCCGUCCGGUACCAGCUGGCACCACAAUUACAAUCCACGGUACGGUCAACCGCAACAGUUUCGGCCACGGUUUCCACCGCGUAAUCAACAGUUCCAGCAGCAGCAGCAGCACUACCAGCACCAUCAGCAUCAGCAGUAUCAGCAACAGUAUCGGCAGCAGCAUCAGCAGAUACCGCACAUGCAACCACCACCCCAAGGCAUGGUACUGCCGAAUCCGUUUGCUAACCAGGGCCCACCAAGGCAACCGCCACCGGGACCGUACUAAUGCACGGCAGGAUGUAAGUUACAUUUGUUUUAAAAUUAGGAUUAGCAUUUGAAUUAUUUGCAGAAUUUAAGGUUGAAGAAUUACUGAUGCAUUAUUUCAUGUACAGAAAUAUUGGUUGAACUUUAGGGGAGAAUAAUCGCUUUCAAAUUUUACCACAUUUUAAGUUGAGAGCGGCCAGACCGCCACCUACUAUUGGAAUUUAAUUAAUUUUAACUAGCAUUAGGUCACAUAUGAAAACCUUUUUGUAUAUUAAGUGCAAUUAGUUACUAUAGCAGCAAAAUUUUGGUCAACAAAAUCGAGGAUAAAGUCAGAACAACGGUUCAUCAAACAGAACAAAUCAGUUGCCCUUAGUCAGAAACCCAGAAUGGGCAUCAUCAUCAUUAACCUGUUUUUUCUAGCUAAAAUAGUAAAUUAAACAUUUUCUUUUCUAUCAAAUUGUAUACUUGAUAACUUUAUAGCUGUAUCUGAAAUGAAAUUAUUUUAGUAAAGCAACUUCAGUCAA